CGUUCAUAAAUUACCGAUGGUUCAGCGUACGAUUGAAACCAUCGAGUUCUUAAACAUUUCUAAAAUCCAGCGCUGCAUCAUUUGAGGUCUCAUCUGAGUCCAUUGAUUGCAGCGUAAUGAAAAGCCGAUGUUUGUGCUGAUAUGAUAGAGACCACGGUCCACGACUCCGAACACCCGAUAUUUAAAUGGAACGCAACCUAAAAAAUUCGAUUGAAAUUUACUCUAUGAACUUCAGUUACACUCUGUGGUUGAAGUUUAAAUUUUGGAGGGAUUAUUUUAAGGUUAAAUAUAAGUUGAUCGAGAAAAGAUUUUCUUAUUAGAAUUGAUCUUUGUCAAUAAAUAAAUAUUAAACAAUGACAACUACAGAGCCAACGAACGCAUUGAAUUUAGAUUUGUCACAACAAUUGAGUUUCAUAAGGUUCUUCAAUAACUUGCCAGAGAAAUCAUCGACAACGAUAAGAUUCUUCAAUAGAACCGAUUUCUACACAGUUCACGGAAAUGAUGCUCUGGUUGUAUCUCAAAUCAACGGAAGCACUGUCAAGUAUAUGGGAGAAGAACCCAAGUUACGAUAUGUUACCCUCAGCAAGUCUCAGUUCGAAUUGGUACUCAGAGAACUGUUGCUGGUGAGACAGUACAGGGUUGAGGUUUACCUGAAACAGACCCAAGGAAGAAAUAAUGACUGGCAAGUGGAAUACAAGGGUUCUCCAGGCAACCUUUCUCAAUUCGAGGAAAUCUUGUUUGAGAAUGCUGACAUAGUCUAUUCAAACUCUGUUAUGGGUAUUAAAAUAGUAAAGAAUAGAGUUCUGGCACUUGGCUGUGUGAAUGUAGCCGAGUCCAAGUUCAACGUUUGUGAAAUUGUUGACAACGACUGUUUCACCGAACUUGAAGCCUUGAUAGCUCAAAUCAGUCCGAAAGAAUGCAUUAUACCUGAUACAGAAAACAAUGAUUACACCUCCCUCAAAAAUCUGCUAGAACGAAAUGGGGUUUUGGUAGCCAGGGUUAAGAAAUCAGAUUUCAACUCUUCCGAAGUGAUGGAAGAUCUCAAUAGACUUCUCUACUUCCAAAAGGGACAAACCAGAAACGCUUUGACCUUUUCUGAAACGCAGUUGAAUGAAGCUAUGGGAUCCCUUCAAGCUCUGAUAAAAUUCCUGAAUUUACCUGGUGACGAAAGAAAUUUUAAUCAGUACAAAUUUGAAACUCUGGACAUGUCACGAUUUGUGAGACUGGAUAAUGCUGCGUUGCAAGCUCUGAAUGUUUUUCCCCAGGCUGGUACUAGCACUGUAGAAGAUUCUGUUUUAGUUCCUAAUUCAUCGAAAUCUUCUAGUUUGAUGGGAGUGUUGAAUUUUUGUUCUACUAAUCAAGGAAAAAGGCUUCUAUCUCAAUGGAUCAAACAACCUCUUCGAGACUACAACUUGAUAAAUGAUAGGUUGAACGUUGUAGAUUGUUUCAUAAAAAAUAUGGAGACCAGAGUUUCGUUAACCAAGGAUUGUCUUCCUCGUCUACCUGACACUUUGUUGCUUGUGAAGAAGCUGUCUUCUAAGAAAGCUAGCUUACAAGAUUGCUAUAGAAUUUACCAAACUAUAUCUGGAGUUCCCCAUUUGUUGAAGAAUUUGAGGGAAACGGGAAAUAAACAUGUGAAAUCUAUGCUUAUAGAUCCCAUAUCCGAAAUACUAUUUGAUCUUCAGAAAUAUCUUGAGAUGAUAGAACAAGUGCUUGACUUAGACUUGGUUGACCGUGGGGAAUUCUUAGUGAAGCAUACAUUUGAUGAUCAACUUAAAGACUUGUAUAGAGAGAAACAGAAAUAUGAAGAAAAGAUGCAAAAACUUUUGAGACGGGCAAUCGAUGACUUAGGAUUGGAAGAUGGAAGGGUCAAAUUGGAAUGCACAGAUCAACAUGGUUACUUCUUCAGGGUGACAUUGAAGGAAGAACAUGUUUUGAGAGGAAAUAAACAAUAUAGCAUUAUAGACGCGAUUAAAGGAGGGGUGAGAUUCACUAAUGAUAAAUUAUCUGAGAUAAACGAAGAUUAUCGAGGUUUGAAAGAAAACUAUGAGCAAGUACAAAAAGCUGUAGUCGAACAAAUACUUGAUAUAGCAGCUGGAUAUUCCGAAACUCUACGAAAUUUGAACAUCUUAAUAGCUACAGUAGAUGUGUUGACUUCUUUUUCGGUAGCAGCAGUCUCUGCCAAAAUACCUUACGUAAGACCAAAGCUCCAUGAGACCAAUUCAGGUAUUCUAUCGUUGAAAAAAGUGCGUCAUCCAUGUCUGGAACAUCAAGAUCAUAUAUCUUUUAUCCCAAAUAGUGCGACAUUCGACAAGGAAAACAAUACUCUUCAUAUCAUUACUGGUCCAAAUAUGUGUGGUAAAAGCACCUUCAUCAGAAGUGUGGGGGUAUGUGUGUUGAUGGCCCAUAUUGGGUGCUAUGUGCCUUGUGAGAGUGCAGAAAUUAGCGUAGUUGAUAGUAUUCUUGCUAGAGUGGGGGCUGAUGAUUGUCAGUUGAAGGGGCUAUCUACGUUUAUGUUAGAAAUGAUUGAAACUUCGACUAUUGUGAAAACAGCUACAUCUAAUUCAUUAGUAAUAAUAGACGAAUUGGGAAGAGGAACAUCAACAUACGAUGGUUGUGGAAUCGCUUCAGCCAUUGUUGAGUAUCUAGCCAAUGAAGUGAAGUGCUUUUCCCUCUUUGCUACGCAUUUCCACGAAAUAAUCAGUUUGGCGGAAAAGUUUUCGAAUGUAACAAAUUGGCAUGUGACUGCUGCAACAACUAAUAAUACCAUUACGCCAUUAUAUCAAGUUAGGCAAGGACCUUGCGAUAAAAGUUAUGGAAUUCACUGCGCUCGCAUGGUCGGGUUCCCUGAAGAUGUCUUGCAGUGGGCUGAAGAAUAUCAAAAAGAACUUGAACAUUUCGAAGGAACGAAAUUGAUAGCAGAUUAUGAGGAUUCCCUAAAACGAGAAGUAAUAGAGAGUGGAGAUAAAAUAAUUCAGCAAACUCUGAAAGACGUUGUUGCUCUAUCUGUAAACAGUUUGUCGGAUGAGAAUUUAUGUCAGAGAUUGAAGAAUAUCAAAGAAGAGAUUCUUAAAGAAGAUAAUAAGUUUUUGAAAGGAUUAUUAUGCGAAUAGGACUUAUCGUUGAGUUUUAAUAUAUUUGUUUCAGUAUUGUUAUUAUGUUUUCUUUUUUAAUAAACAUUUUUAUAAAA